AUGAGCAACUCAGAUGAAGGUAAAUUUUUUGAACAUGAUGAUGAGAAAGAAGAAGAAAAAGCAGGAAAAGGAAAAGAAUUAGAAAACAAAGAAAAUGCAAAAAAUGAAAAGUCAAAUGUAACAAAAAACCCGAAUGAGGAAAAUCGAGAUAAUGAGAUAGGAGAGGAACUCCUAGGGAAAGACGAAAUUGAUCCAUUAGAUCAGUUCAUGGAAGAAAUAAAUAAAGUAAUAGAAGAGGAGAAAAAAAUAUCAGAGAAAAAAGAAAAAUUAAAGAAUAAUUAUGAACAUGUUACAAGUAAGAGGGAUCAAGGGAAAGAAUCAGUAGGUGAGGAGGGUCCACAUGCGAGCAAAAGGUACAUAAGAGGAAAUGGAAAAGGUCAACAUGGAGAUAAUGAUGAUAGCAGCCUGGAUGACAACAACGCCACGGCUGAUAUCUACGAAUUUCUUGAAAAAAAAAAUGAGGAGUUAAUACACGAAAAAAUACUUGAGGAUGGUAACGGAAAGCAGGGUAACUAUGUCCGGAAGAGCGGUACUGCUGCGAAGAAUAAGAGCGAUAGACUUGAUGGACAUGAUGGAUAUGAUGGAUAUGAUGGAUAUGAUGGACAUGAUGGACAUGAUGGAUAUGAUGGACAUGAUGGAUAUGAUGGAUAUGAUGAACAUGUUGAGCACGAUGGAUUCGAUUGUCUGCAGUACCAGAGCGAAAGGAGGAACGACAAGGAAGGGGAUAAAAUUAUUGAUGAUAUGAAUUAUGAAGAAAUUGAAUUGGAAAAAUUUAAAAAGGAUAUAUUUAUUACAGACGAAAGUAUAAAUAACUUUACGCUAGAAGAAAGUGUGCAAUAUAAAAAAAAAAAUAAUAUUAGCGCUGUAGGGUUUAAUGUACCUAAACCAAUUUUUUCCUUUUUACAAAUAAAAAAUUUAAUAGAUAAGGAUAUACUACAAAAUAUGUACAAUCUAUCUAUUAGUGUUUUAUCACCUAUUCAAAGUAUAGUUAUCCCCAUUUUUUUGAGUGGAAGAGAUUUUAUAGCUACUAGUAGAACAGGUUCAGGGAAGACCCUUUCCUUUAUCAUCUCGUUAGUUAUUCACAUAAUGAAUUGUAAGAAGUUUGAAGGAAGGGUAAACUAUCACAUGGAGAAAUGGGAUCAUAGAGAUGAUAGGCACAAUAUAGCGGAAGAGGAGCAAGCAGAGAAGGAGGAAAAUGAGGAGGGGAAGACGUACGAGGACUAUAAGAGCGAAAAGAAGCCUCAAACGAAAGGAAGAAGGGGCUGCCCAUCUGCACACGCUUUAAUACUAACCCCGACGAGGGAAUUAUGUGUACAAAUAUACGACGAAAUGAAUAGAGUAUCGAUGAAGAAAUUAAAAUCAUGUAUAUUAUUUAGUGGAAUUAAUUACACAAAAGCGUAUAAUGAUAUACAGAAGGGAGUAGAUAUAAUCAUAGCGAAUGUAAAAACCUUAAUCAGUUUUAUAAAUAAAAAAUACUUAUCACUAAUAAAUACCAAAUAUGUUAUUCUGGACGAAUUUGACAAAUUAUUUACAAACCAAUUUAUAUAUUCAGUUAUAUCUAUUUUGAAAAAUAUCAGACCUGAUGCAAUAAGAGGUUUUUUUUCCUGCACAUGUUCAGAACAUAUAUGUGAAUUGGUAAAACCAUAUUUAAAUAAAAGAUUCAUAACAAUAAAAGUAGGGGAUAAUAAUGUAUUUAUAGAAAAAAAGUUUUAUAUUCUUGAAGAAAAUGUCAAAUAUAUGUAUUUGUUGAACUGUAUACAAAAUUUUAUAAAAAAUGAACAAUGCUUUAUUUUUUGUAAUAGUAAAAAAAAUCUUUUGUCCCUAUAUGACAGAUUGAAAAAAGAAAUUUCGCUUAGACAUAUUUCGAUGGACUAUAUUUAUGGAGAUAUUGAUCAAACACAAAGGAUAUAUAAGUUCGAAUGCUUGAAAAAGAAAAAGACACAAAUUAUGAUUAGUACAGAUUUGAUGGCACGUGGAAUAGAUGUUGUUGAUUUGAACUUCGUCAUUAACUAUGAUUGCCCCAAUGAUAUUUUCAUUUACAUUCACCGGAUAGGACGGUGUUCCAGGAUGAACAGCACAGGACAAGCCAUCACUUUCAUUCUCCCAUCGGAAAAAAAAAUAGCGUUUCUUAUUUACAGCCAUCUGAAGAAGAAAAACGAAGUAGUCGACAAGGAACUGGAAAACUUUAUCUUGAAGAAUAAUUUACAUAACGACAUACAACUGAAAAGAAUGAAAAGGAAAAUGAAUGAUGCAUUAUUUGAUAUGCCCUUGAACAAAAUGGGACUAACUGCUCCAAACAUAUCAACACCUAGUGAACUUGCGUUUAAGAAAAUAUCAACUCCCCCUAGAAGUUUAGAGCUUGUGCGCAAAAGUGUUCAUAUGAUUACACCUAAUGAUGUUUUAUCAUCCUCAGAUGAGGAAUACUGA